AUGUGAGAAAUUUUUUCGCUUCUAUAAAACAUCAAACAUUAAAGAUAAUACAUAUCAAUCGUUAAUCAUUAAAAAACAAGUGGACUUAAUAACAAUAUAUUUUUAUCGAAAGUUUGAUUUUACCAAAGAAAUCUUCAAAUUCAUCUACUGAUCAUGUCGGUUACUUUCAUUUCAUCAUCAUCAUCAUGAUCAUCAUCAUUAUCAUCAUUAUCUUUGGACUCUUUUCUCUACCUGGGAUAAAAGAUACCUGUUAGUAAGCAUAGGAACACUUGAGUUUCUACUUUUAUCUUUCGUUUCUUGGAUAAGACAUUUGUCGUCAAAGUUUCUUUUUUUGUCUUUUAAACGUAUGUCAACAUAACGAAAAACGGAUAACAAUGUUUGCAUUAACAAAAAAAAAAACGCGAAGAAGAAUUUUUCGACCAAUACGCAUACCCGCUGAAUAUAUUCGACUCUCUCUUUUUUUUUCUUCUCUUAUCAUCUCUUUUUGUUUCGUAUAUAAAAUGAGCAGUUUACAACAAGAAAAUUUUCAUAUAUAUUCAUUUUUGUGUUCGUCAAACAUACUACAUACAAAUAGAAACAGAAAUUUUCAUUUCACUUAAUUGUAUAUGAGCUGGAAGAUGGAUUUCGCAUAGAUGUCUUCUGAUGCCAGAUCUAUAUUCUUCCAGCUCAUAUCAAUAAGUCACUAGUCAUCAUCAAUUAUUCUUUAUAUACAUAUAGAUAUAUAUAUAUAUAUAUUGUAAGUCUCAUAUUUUUUAUUGUAUUGGACGACCUUUAACUAAGCCGAGAGCUCAAAUACAAUUCAAAUUCAAUCAGCUUUUUAAUACUUCGUUGUUUUUUUUCCUUAUAUCAUUUCUAUUGAGUAGGUUUUUCUUUUUUUUUUCAAUUACAAUCAUUCUUAUUCCUUUAUCGUAUUCUUUUUAUUUUCAAACUAUCAAGUAAUAGACAGUCUCUUUUCUUAUCAUGACAUUGUUCAGGGAGGAGUAAUAGUAAAUCAAAUUCUAAUUUUAUAUUGACGAUGUAUAUAUAUAUAUAUAUAUGUUAUACGCACAAUUUGUCUUUACUUUCCCUCCUUCGAUGAUCGAAAAACGAACAAGAGAAGAAAGAGAGAAAGAAUCGAGCUCAGAUUGAGUUUCUUGCACGCUCCACUCGAAAUUCCCUCAUCGUUCUUCGUGUUAUAUAUGUAGUCAAAUUUCGCUACAGAGCACGUUUUACGCGAGCAUACAUACACACGAACAGAUUAUCAACAGCUGUAAAGUUCAGGGAGAAAACAAAAGCACAUCCAGACGAACGAAAAAAAAAGAAAAAAGUGGUAAAUGAAGGCGGCAAUAUAUGUUACGACUCUUCCUUGUUCUCUCUUCUUCUUUUUUUUUUUUGAUUACUCUUCACGUUCUUGAGUGAGAACAACAGCCGUUCGUUCGUAAGUUUGAGGUUGAUCAUAAUAAUGAUCGAAUAGAGCAGACCUUAUCGCGUGCGAAUAGACCCAUUUGUUGUUUUUUUAGGCUCACAAUGUUGUUUUUUUUUAUGAUAUUAUAUUUACAAUCAUAUUUUUUUUUCUUUAUUUGCGUACUCGACUCGACUAAGUGGAGCAGUUCGUCUCACCCUGAACACCAGCAAUUGGUGAGAUUCAACUCCUCCACUUCUUUGUAGUCGUUCAUAUCAUCUCUUUCUUAUUUUAUUGAUGAUGAUAAUAAUGAUGAUGAUGAUGAUGAUGAUGAUGAAUUGUAAUGAUGACUAUACAGAAGUAAACGACUGUUCUUUAGUCAAUAUAUUAAUGGCUUCAUCAUUCUGACAAAUGAAGAACAAUAUAUAUUUAUGGCUUCUAUUACCAAAGAUUCAAACAUUUAUAUCAAUCAAUUUUUAUUUUAGUAUUAUUACAUAUAAAAAAAAAAGAAUCUUUUAUCUGUAAAUAUCAAUAUAAUCAAACGAAAUAUAAAGCAUAAUUCAAUUGAAAAUUUGUUUUAUUUUAAUUUUUAAUAGAAUUUAGUUUAAAGUAUUUCUUUUUUUUUUUUGUUUUGUAAAAAAUAAAUAAUUUAUUAAAUAAUAUUAGCAGAUUAUAUUUUUUUAUGGCUUCUUAAUUUAUAAAGUCAAAUAUUUGAAAGAGAAAUUUUCAUUGAUCUGAAUUAAGUAAGAUUUAUUUACUAAUACUUCUAUUAAUAGAAGAUAAAAUUGAUAGAUGAUUGAAAGGAUAUUCUAUGAAAAUGAAUAAAGAAAAAGAUUCAAUAAAAAGAACAUUAUCGAAUUCUUAAGUCUUGUCGAAGUUUAAUUUUUCAAAUAAUUCUUUCAAUAUGCAAAGUAUUUUAAUCUGUAUUAAACUAUUCUAUAUAGACAUGUGUCUCUUUCGUUAUUGUUGAUAGCAAAAAAAAAAAAAAAUACUAACGAUUAUUUUGAUUGAUCAAAUCUAACUAUAUACACUUCAGACAUCAUUUUAUCAACAUAAGAAAUCUGAUAGAUCAUAAAUAUAAUCGAAGUUUUAUUUUACAUUUUUAUUAGACAAAUCUAUUUUAUAAUAUUCAAGUAAAUUUCUAUGAAAUAUUUAGAUUGGUGAAGUUGAUCGAGAAUGUUUCAAUACACUUGUUUCAUUUUAUUUUGUCAAAUAUUUACAAGAACGAAGUUUAUCUUUGUCAAGACCUAUAUUACGUGCACCACGAGCGAUAACAUCUGAUAUAGUUCGAGUACCAUUUGUUCAAGAUACAAUUAAUCUUAUACGUCGUUCACAUCAAACUCAUUUUGAUUUUUCUGCUUUUAUUGAUGAUUAUUAUAAAAUAAAACAUGAUUAUAUCAAUAACAAUGGUUUAUUGGUAUCACCAAGUCUUAAUUCAACAUUACUUAGUGUACUUCGUGAACGUCUUUGUUCAAAAACAUAUGAAAAUAAACCACAUUUAUUUACUGAACUUAAUGGUAAUAAUAAUGCAUUUACACGUACAUUAAUAUCACGAUCAAAUCAUUUGAAAAAUCAUCAUUUACCAAUUGGUUUAAGUAGUUUAAAAUCAAAUCCAUAUUUACUUUAUUUACUUAAUUAUAAUGAACAACAAACAACAAAAAUAUUAACUGAUCUUGAACGUUAUCUUAUGGAUAUGUUAUUUCCACAUUGGGAUUUUCUUGUUUGUGCUGAAAGUGAUGAAUAUGUUUAUAUGAUAUUAUUACCAAAAAGUGAACGUGAUUUACUUUUAUUAAAUACAGAUUUAAAUAUAUUUAUGCAUGAUCUUAUUGCUCAUUAUUCAAUGAAUCAUAUUGAUAAGGGAAUACCUAUUUAUGAUGAUUGUCGUUAUGUUAUGGAUACGUUAAUUGAUGAUCUUGAAAGUCAUAUUGUUAUUGAAUCAUCAUUAUUAUUAUCUACAAUGGAAAAUUCACAGAAUAAAGUUAAUGAAGAACAAACAAGUAAAUAUUCUCAACGACGUCGUCAACGUCGAGAUACAUUUACUGGAGCUGAAUUAUUAGCACCUCAUCCUACACAUUCAACAUAUAUCAAUGGUAAAAGUAUACCGUCUUCAUCACCAAUUCCUAUAAAUCAUCCUCUCUCUCACCAUUUUUACCAAUCAGCUUCUCAACCGACAUCUACUGGUUAUCGUCGUAUAUAUUCUCCAUUAACACUUGAUCCAAAUAAUAUAUCACAUGUUGAUCAAUUACAUCGUCGUUAUUCUACAUCGGCUGUUGUAUCAACACCUGUUCAUCAUCAUAAUCUUCAAGUUCCAUCUAUAUUUAAUGUUAUUCCACCAUCAUCACAAGAAAUAUUACCACGUGAUGCUUUGAAAAAAAUUACCGAUCAACAAUGGCAUAUUCCAAUAUUUUUACAUGGUUGUAAUAAAUUACGUUUAGCAUCGUCAUUACUUGUAUCUAAUGAACAACAAUUAAGAAAUCUUUGGUUGGAUACUUAUAUUGAUUAUACAAAAGAUGAUAAUGAAUCAACAAAUGAAACAAUAACAACAAAUGCAACAGUAUUACAAAAUUUAAAACCUCGAAAACGAGAUAAUUCUCGUCGACAUGAUGAUGAGACAGUAUUUCCUUCUGAAAAAUUAAUUGAAGAUAUGCGUGAUGCACUUGAUUAUGCUUUUGCAACAGCAUUUUAUAAAAAUUGUUUACUUGAUUUAACAACACAUAGAUCUGAUGUUGAAUAUGCAUUAAAUACAAUCUAUCAAGAACAUUAUGAAGAUAUUGAUUUAACACCAUUUCUUAAAGCAAUGUGUUCACAUUUAUCAAAUAAUGAACAAAAAUCAUUGGAAUCUGAUACUCUUUGUGAACCAACAACAAAACAUAUUAAUUCUUAUUUAAAUGAAAAAUUUCUUGAAAUAAUUCAUAAAUAUUUUCAUCGUGUAUCACCCGAUUCGGAAUAUUUUUAUUUUUGUACUGAUGAAGAACGUUUUCGACAAAGUCGUAAUUCAAAUGAAAUAGAAGAUCAUUUAAAAAAUAAUAACAAUAGUAAUAAUAUCAAUAAUAAUAAUAAUAAUAAUGAAUUACAAUCAACAUCAGGACCAUAUAAAUUUGAUGAAACAAAUGGAUAUGAUCAUGAAAGUGAUAAUGAUGAUGAUCGAGAUAGUAAUGGAACUGUUCAUAUACAUGAUCAUGAUGAUGAUGUUGAUGAUGAUGAUCCAGAAUUACAAUCAGAAACAAAUCGUCGUCGUUCUGAUGAAUCAGCAAGUUCAUUAUCAAAUCGUUCAAGAGAAUUAGGUGUACGAGGUGAAAUUUUACCAUUAUUUAUUUUUUUUGAUUGUCGAUUAGUUACAAAAGAUUAUGAUUAUAAUACACCAGUUAAAACUAUUCCACUAUGUAUAAGUAAUUUAGUUCCAAAUGGAAAUGAAACGAAAUUAGAUUAUGAUAGUGCACGUGUUUCAUUUGGUUUAAUUUGUUUAACAUUUGGACGUGAAGAUGUUGAUUCACAAGGUGCUAGUAUUGGUGGUAUUACAACGAAUACACCGACAUUUAAUAAUCUAUUUAUGUCAGCAAAACGAUAUCAAGAAUUAAAUGCUAUUGAAGCUAUUGAUAAUACAAGUACUUGUACAGGCACAACUAUGGGUGGAGAAUUAAAUAAACAUCCAUUGGAUAAACUUCGAUUAUCUGAUGCACAACGACGUGCAAUUUCAUCAUGUCGACGAGAGAUCGAAUGGCUUUUACGUGAUGAACAACUUUCAACAUAUUUUACUCGUCGUACACUCGAUAGAAGAUUAAUUGAAAAUGUUAUUGAACAUGUUCAAAGUUCAGUUAAUAUUCAUAAAUCAAAUUGUCUUUGUCGUUCAAUUGAUCUUAUGUUCGUAGUUGGUAUUGAUAAAUCUAUUGAUCCAUUUCUUGAAGAAUUAAAAAAUAUUCGUAUUCGAAACAAAUAUAUUCUAACGAAAUGUGGAAAUUAUUUUGUUUUACUUGAACCAAGUCAACAAAAUUUUAAUGAUAUUAAUCUAAAACGUAAACCAGCUUUAUCAGUGAAUUCAAGUGAUGAUCAAUCAUCAGCUGCUAUGGAAGAUAGUUCAAUUUCUGAUGGUUCAUUAAUAGAUGAUGAUGAUGAAAGAAAAUCUACUGAAGAUGAACUUGAUGAUUAUAUGAAACCAUCAUUUUGGCUUUUUAUUGAACGAAAAAAGAAAACGUCAUCUCACGUAGAUUUACUUGAAGUGAAAUUUUAUCUUUAUUGCGGAUCAUCAUCUGAUAUAACACAAAAUUCUUGUGAGCCUCAAGCAAUAUUAGAAGAAUUAAUUAAUGAAUUUAAUCGAUUAUGUCGUAUAAUUAAUCAAAAAUUAUUAUUACGUGAUCUAGGAAUAAGUGGAUUAUGUAAUGCAUUAUUAGUGCCACCAAGUGAAAAUGAUGAUACAAGUCUUGAUGCUGAUGCACCAGUUUUAACAGCUAAUUUAAGUAUACCACCUGGAACAUUUGCUUGUGAUGAAUUAUGGAGACAUUCAUUUCCACUUCAUUUUCGUCUUCGUCCACAUCUUCAUGCAACAUCAAGUUUAAAACCAUCAUCUGUUUUUUAUCCUGGUUCACUUAUACGUGAAUUAACAACACAUUUUGGUUCAUUAGCUGUACAUAAUAGAAAAAAUUUAUUUGUUUAUUGUGGUGAACGUAGUUAUUAUUAUAUGAGAUUUCGAGAAGAUACUCUUCCACCACCAACAGCUAAUUAUAUUGAAGAUUCUUUAUUACUUAGUGACAGUAAUAAUACAUUUUGUGCACCACCAUCACCACAAAUGCCUAAUCAAAGUAAUGCAACAUUCAAUAAUGCUAUGAAAAAUCGUCAACGACAUGGUUCAGGUAAUUUUUGUAUUCAUGUAAUGCUCUAUGGAUUACAAUCUGCUACUACUGAUUCUCUAUUUGAAUCUGUAAAAACUAAUCUUGUUCAAUCGAUUGUCACUCGAUUAGAAGAUGAAGUUGUUAAAGAACUUGUCAAUGCUUUAUAUCAUUUUGCAAUGACACGUUUAAAUCCUGAUGAUGUUACUUUCAUUCGACCUGUUGAUAGUGAACCAAAACAUAUAUUUGAAUAUAAAAUUUCACCAUUAAUUAAUACAACUACAUUUUUAUAUUAUUUUCGACGUUAUGUUAAAACAAAUCAAUUUCAUCAACCUCUUCUAUUACCUGUACUUGCUAAAGAUCUUAAAGAAAUAAUAAAAGAUUAUCGUGGACAAACAUUAAUUGUUUAUAAUCGUACAUAUAAUAUUGGAAUUCCUCGACCAGGUCUUGCAUGGAUUGAAUUACAUGUAUUAAAUCCAAGUAAUCGUCCAAGUCCUUUAUCAAUGGAAGAUUUAUCUGAUGAAGUAACUGUUAAAUCACUUAUUGAUUUAAUUCAUAUUGUUGAACGAAAACCUUCUUCUUCAAUAAGUAUAACAAGUGAAGAUAAUUCAUCUGAAAAUAUUCUACGUUGUCAUGUUUGGGCACGUGGUAGUCAAUCCGAAAUUGAUCCAACAAUUAUGUCAAGUACAUUAUUACAAGCAUUUACAUUUGCAUUAGCUGAUUAUGUUACUGAACUUAAACUUUUACCAACAUUUUAUAAUAAUCAAAGACAUGGACAGUUCGAACCACCGUCACCAUCACCUCGUUCAGUAAAUACAAUUAGAUUUGUGGAUGAAUCAAGUUUUGCUCUUGAUCGAAAUACAGAAGCUGCACGUACACAUAGUGUUGAUACAGCUACAACAAUGGCAACAGUACAAUCGAGACGUCGUCAAGAAUCAGUUCAAAGUUCAAUAUUAAGUAAUUCAUCAACUGAUGAACCACAAUCACUUACAGUUGAACAUGCUAAUCGUUUAACAGUAUGGUUUCAAUAUUUAAGUACAAAUUAUCCAAAACUUCCAUCUGUAACCUGUAGUUCUUAUACAUUAACUAAUCGAAUACUUGUUAUAGAUAUUAUACAUAAUUUUACAUCAUGGCUUCAUGAACAAAAAAUUAUAGCAUAUAAACAUGAAUCAUUACAUGGAAUGAUAUUUCGUUGUAAUCAAGAACAAACUUUAUAUUUACCAGUACCAUCAUUAGAUCACAUGCCAACACGUAUUCCUGGUGAUAAACUUGAUCUUAUUGUAUUAUAUCAAAGUACUAAAAUGAUUAAUGAUGUAGUUACGGAAAGUAAUGAAACAUUACCUCAACAAGAAUCUGGUGAUGCAAUGGCAUUAGCAAAUAGUUCCGAUAUUCCUAAACAUAUAUUUCUAUGUAUUGUUGCAAGUGAUAAAAAAUUAACAAUGAUUUUAUAUAAUGCACCUGAUGAAUUAUCUAAAUUAUUAACAAAUCAUUUUUCAAAUAUAAUUAAUUGGUCAAAUAAACGUUUAAAUGUUUUAAGUAUAAUUGUAACACAAAAAAUGGGUCUUUUUCGUUAUCGAUCAUUUCAUUCUGAUCAACAUUCAGAUUAUAAUCGUCCUCAUGGACAACAUGGAACAACGAAUAAACAUCCUAUAAAAAGUGAUCAUGUUGAUCUUGAACAAUUAAUUAAAGAAACUUUACCACCAAAAACAAGAAAUACUUAUACAUCAUGGAAUAUUGAUUUACUUUAUUGUAAUUUAGUUGGUUCAUAUCCACUAUUACCAAAUGAUUUAAGUCAAGAUCUUGUUCAACGACAUGGAACACAAUUACUUCAACUUAAAGAAAAUAAAAAAAUUCAUAUGGAUCGAUGUACUAAACUAGAAGAAAUAUGUUCAAAUUGGAUACUUCGACCAAAAUUAUUUAUUGCAGAUGAUGUAUUAACUCAAAUGAAACAUCGUUCACGAUUAUUAACAAUAAGUGUUGCACCUAUACUUUUUUCUCGGAUUGCUCGACAAUUUUUUCAAAAUAAUUCAACAUUACGUACAAAUAAUACACCUUGUUUGGGUACAUCCACACCAGCAGCAGCAGUUGAAGUUUUACCGGCUAAUCGCAUGGCAAAUAAACGAAAAUCUGUUGCGAUUCCUGUCGAUUUUGCUUUACGCCGAUCUGUGCAAUCGGUUAAUGAGAGUGAUUAUCAGAUUGCUCAAAAUCAAUUAACACGCUUUGAUACAAGUCGUUUCAAUAAUAUUGAACAACAAUAUAUUCAAAUAACUACAUUAUUUAUCGAACAAUUUUCUAAUUAUUUACAAACAACAUAUAAAUUUCAUCCAAUAAAUACAAAAUUAAGUACUCGAAAAAUUGCUCGUUCAUUACAUGUUCAAUCAUCAAAUGAAUAUAAUUUUCAUCGUUCUGAUCAUAAUCGACGUGCAACUUUACUUGCUGAAUUAUCAUCAUUAAAUAAUGUUCAAAUUGUUAUGCGUUUUCUUCAAUAUGAUAUUAUUAAAAUACCAAUAAAUAAUCAAUCAUUAGCAACAACUCAUUUUCGACAAAUUUCAAAUGAUUCAUUUUUAAUGCUUGAACAAACAGAACUUGAUGCAUUUGUUUAUGAUUUUCAUCUUCAAACAAUAAUUCGUUAUCAAACAAAUUCAAAUGAUGCACAUAUAUUUCCAGCAGAUUUUUCAUUAAUUACAUUUUUACAAGAUUUUAUUGAAUAUUAUCCACAUGCACCAAUUGGAUCAAAAACUGCAUUAUUUAAAACUGUUAUUCAUCAUCAAAUUGAUAUUAAUAAACGUUCAGCGGAUGCUUUUUUAUUUAAAUAUAUCCUUGACCAUGCAGGUGCAUAUAAUAUUCAAAUUGCAAAAAGAAAUUGUGAUGAAUAUCUAUUUGAUUGUGAUCUCAAAGAUACUUAUUGGAUGGCUGCUCGUACAACUCCAUCAUCACCUUCUGAAUUAACAGUUGUUUUGUAUAUAAUUUAUACAAAUUUAACACCAAAACAACAAAUUUCAUCAAAUAUGAGUGCACCAGCUUUAAAUAAAUUUCCCAUACCUCCAAUAGGUAAUAAUCGAAUACCAAACAGUUUAAAAAAUAAUACAAAUAGUAAUCAAACCAGAGAACGUGCUUCAACUAUAUUAUCACCAUCUAUAAAAACCAAUCUUGUUAUACCAGUUCGAUCAAGUUCAUUUGGUUCAGAACAACAUAUUAGUAAUAAUAUUCCCAAUGAACGAAAUGUUGAAUUUUUCAAAUUAAAAUUAACAACUAUAUUAAACAAAGCCUCAUUAUCACAUCGUCGUGAAAAUUUAUGGGAAAGAUUAAUUGCUUCUCGAUCUGAUAAUCCUAUAGCCGGACGUCAAGAAAUAGUACCAAUACAUAUAAAUGAAUUUCAAGCAUUAUUAGAUUCGUGUAUUGGUGAUGAAACAAUCGAAUUAAAAGUUAUAACUUCAUUAUUACAACGAGUAUUUACUAAUAAAGAACAAUUAGAACGAUUACAUCGAUUUUUACGUUUACGAUAUGGUUCACAAUUUCAUACAAUUAAUUCACCAACAAUUAAUUAUCUAGUCAUCUUUCAAUGUAAAGCUCCACAUCAAUGCGAUGCAUUUCUUGUUCUUAUCCAUCGAUCGGAUCAAAAUACUCUAAGAUCUUAUUUAGUUAAACAUCGAAAUGAUAUCGAUUGUACAACAUUUAUACAAACAUUUACACAAAGAAUUACUUAUUUUCUUUGGGAAUGUUUGGUUUAG